AUGCCUCAGGCAGAGUCGACGGCCUAUGCGCCUGAAGGCGCUGGGCUUUCGUCGGAAAAUUUGUCUGAUGGAGAAAUUUUCGAGAUUCAGGAGUACAAGAAGAUUGUACAUUUUCGCGACAAUAUUUUGUCUGGCAAACAUCCAACGCUGAAAGUGCCGCCUGGGUCGAACCCAUCAUUGGAACCGUUGUCGCUUCAAACCUUCCUGCGAGAACCGAGAACAGAAACAGAAGUAAAGCAGACUGACGGUGGCGAUGCCAACGGCACCGGCACUGGCAACAGCAACGGACAUGUCGUCUCCACUGCCCUGACCCGGCCUAACUCUGGCCCUCCCGAGCUGAACCCCAUCUUCCUGGAAAAAUCCGAACCUCUCGUCAUAGCCGAGCUGCAGAUUCAGCGCCAGCGCCUAGAACGUGCCAUCAAGGAAGAGGUUGAACAACGUCGGACUGCAAGGAGCAGUCAAGCAGAGCCCACCUCUUGCCUCGAUCUAUCUGAUGUGCUCGCCAAAGGCCUUGCUAUGGCUCAAUCUAUACAUGCGCCAACCAACCACGGUGAGAAUUUGACUGCUAACGUCGAAACCGCCAGUGAUUCCUUGGACGACAGCACUUUUUAUUCCUCCCGUCAUGAAACUCCCGAGUCUCAUCUAACCUCACGUAUCCGUAAUCAAUCUGAAGGAAUUCAACCUACUAACCCUCAAACACAACCCGGGAAAGGUCCUACCCGGGCCACAAAACCGUCACCAAAGCCUCACGAUGACAGUGGCGGCACGACGACUGGAAUACGCUCACAGCCACUGAACGGGAUCGACAACCCCUCAACGGCGAGCAAUUCUAGACCUCCAUUCGUGAGCGCUGUUCCUGGGCUGAAUAAUUACGUCCAAGCGCUCAACCAGAGCAACGGCAAUGUUGCCGGCCAGUCUGGAGAUAAAGGUUACUCGGACACGGCUGCAGCUCAGACUCACAAGCCAUCGAGUGUCCCCCACCAUCGUAACGAUGUGUAUCUUGACAGCCGCCCACCGUCGCCUCUCGUUCGGAACCAUACUCUGCAACCUGUUGCGCCACAGCCCACUCAUCCCUCUGCCAUAAGAGCCCUGGCGGCUGCAUCGUCGACAUCUCACGAUGCCCCCAUAGGUGGUGGCCGCAGCGCUUUGGGCACUCCCGCACAAGUUGCCGCGCUUAGAACGGUAUCGAAUAUCGUAACUAGCCCCGAUAGCUCAUCACAAGGCGGAAAGAGAAAGGGGAAGAAGAAAAAAAGGAGGACAGACAGGCAAGCCCCAGAACCUGAGGCAGCUCCAUACAUCAAACCUGAGCCUAGAUCACCUUCACCGUUGACAGGCCCGUCCUAUCUCCGCCCAAACAAGCGUCCUAGGCAUGACCAAGGGCCGUCUGCCACAGCCCGUCACGAACCGCGGUAUGUUCAGGAUGAUGGUGUUCAGUACAUAACAAGACAGCAGAGAGAGGAGCCCAUACCGGUAGGAUAUGCCAGGCCGGCUGCUCACUACCAGACGCUGCCUGGCGAUGUACGGUAUCAUAGUGGAGAGUAUUACGAUGUGCGCCAGGUACGCGGUGAAGAUUUUGGACCUCGUCCGGCCCAGGUUGAGCAUUCAACGAUGUCGUACCCGACUCGAGCUACUCCUGGUUCAAGAUCAAUCUCGCGGGUAAUGGUGACUGAUCCAUAUCCUGCCCCUUCACGCCAAUACCGCGAAUAUCGCGAUGGGCCUCGAAUGACGGGCCAUGCGGAAGGGGACACGUUCUUUGCGCCCCCGAGGUUAGCCCAUACAAGGAUAUUGGUUGAUGCCCAUGGUCGUGAGUACAUCGAGCCAUUCCAUAAUUCGCCGUCCCACAUCUCUGCUACUUCUCCUUCCAGGCAUGGUGAACAUGAGGUACUGUACGAACGUCUACCGGCCCGUGCUGUGUCUCGCCAUCCUGCCCCGGGGCCGUAUGAAGAUGACGGCGUCAUUUACGCACCGCCUAACCAAGCCUACGUCAUGCCGCGCCGGGUCGCAACGCAGCCAGAGUAUGCCAGCCAUGAUUAUCGAGAUGUAUGGCAAAGGGAAAUUUCAACCAGACCGCCACAGCCCCAUGGGGGAUUUGUACAAGUAUUAGCUCCGUCGGAGAGGAGAUACAUUGAAGAAGCUUAUGGAGGUGGUCAGUCCGGUGCGCGUCCGGUGGAGACAGUCCGGUACCAGCUGCCCGCUGAGUAUGGACGUGUUACUAGUGUCCGGCCGGAGGCGCAAGGGGCAACAGAUUUCAGAGCCAGUGCCCUUCCAGCAGACGGUCACCACGAGGUGCUCCAGCCCUACAUGAGAGACUACAGGCCCGGUCAUGCUCAGGAGCCUGUUGCGCAGCGAGGUUUAAGCGUCCGCCCAGGGGAUCGUCCUUUGAAUGGAGGAACCCAGGCCGGGGAAGAAAUCGCAUUCAUUGAGCGGCCUCAUGGGGCCACUCAGGAAAUAGUAUAUGCGGACGAUGUGAGGCGAGAAGUGUAUAGAUGA